UGUGACCUAGUUAGGAGCGUAACUGAACAAUGUUUGCUCCAUUAGCACGUGUCAGAGGUGCUUACACGGAGUCAUGACCUCACAUUUUCCGCCGCAUCUCUAAAUCAUGAAUUUUUAGUGAAGCGGGGUGACGUGCAGGGGUAUAAAGGUCCGAAACGAGCUCGGGUUCCUCUCACAGCGUUCGAUUCCGUCAGAUAAACCCAAAGCCCUGAAACCUUCAGCAUUAUGGGUAACGAGCGCCUCCUGCUCCUCACGCUGACCUGCUACGUUCUGAUCUGGGUCGGAAACUGCGACGAUCCGGUGGAGGUCCGUGCCGCCGAAGAUGACUUCAUGGUGCAUGGGGAGAAAGAGCUGAUCGAAGCUCUUCAAGAGGUCCUCCAAAAACUGAAGAGGAAACAAAACCCCCCCAGUGAGAAGAGGUUAGGUUGGGUUUCUCUGUGUGAUGCAGGUGAGCAGUGCGCUAUCCGUAAAGGAGCUCGUUUUGGGAAGGUGUGCACCUGUCCGGCUGGAACCAUGUGCAGCUUCUCCAUCCUAAAGUGUUUGUGAGAGUGUUUGUGUCCUCCAGCUGUAAAUAAUGCCGUCAUUAAAUAAAUGCAUUUUAUAAA